UGGAUUUAUUUUUAUUGAGCCAAAAAUUGUUUAAAUUAAGAAUUUUCUGAAAGUAUUUAGUUGUUUCCAUGCUCUCCACGUGUGCGGGAGUACCAUUUGUAUCUGGCGAAAGUAUCUAUCGUUUUAAAUACUUUUCAGUGUGGACAGUUAAAAAAGCAAGAAAUAAGAUGAGAAAACCUUUGAAAAUUAAAUUUUUAGUUACAUACUUGUUUUCAUUGAUAUUUAGUGGUGCAGUAAAAGUAACCAUGGCUUAUUCACAGCUGGAUUCUUAUAAUUUUGAGUCUAACCAGGGCACAAGCAGCAGCAUACGUAUCGGUUUGAUCUCCGAUUUCAAUACUGAACAUUUACGCACUGCAUUUGAGUUUGGAAUAUUCAAAGCGAACUCUGACUUAAGCGUUCCUCUAGUGGGAAUAACUGAAGAAAUCAAUUACGGAAACUCUCUUCAAGCAAAUGAUAAAUUAUGCCAAUUAAUGAAGGAUAGUAUUGGUGGGGUAUUUGCUCCAACAGCAAAACAUACUGCAGCUCAUCUCAUGCAAAUAUGUGAUGAUAAAGAUGUACCAUAUAUUUAUCCACGGAUGACUGACAAGUACGAUGGUUUUAAUUUAUUUCCUCAUCCAAUAGAUGUAGCAACUGCUUUACAUUCUAUCAUAAGUGCUUUCGAGUGGUCACGGUUUAUAUUUCUUUAUGAAUCCUCCAAUUAUCAUACGAUAUUAGAUGGACUAAUGUCAUUUUAUAGUAGCAAUGGCCCAGCCAUAUCUGUUGUGCGUUAUGAUUUAAAUUUAAAUGGUAACUACAAACCCGUACUGCGUCGUGUUCGGAAAUCUGUAGAUAAUAGAAUUGUAGUUGUGGGGUCUACACCAUCGGUUGCUGAGCUUUUAAAGCAGGCACAGCAAGUCGGUAUGAUUAAUGAGGACUAUAAGUAUAUAAUCGGGAACUUGGACUUUCAAACUUUUGACUUGGAAGAAUUUAAAUAUAGUGAAGUUAAUAUUACUGGUUUCCGAAUGUUUUCAAUAGAUAACCCACAAAUACGAGAGUUAAUGGAUCGUUUAAAUGAAGAUAAACUUGCAAUGCAGUACGGAAAGCCCAAAGAAAAAACUAACGAAGAAGGAUCUUGUCCUAUAACAAUUGAUAUGGCAUUGACAUAUGAUGCCAUACAGGUAUUUGCUGAAACUACUAAGCACUUAAUAUAUAAUCCUCAACCACUUAAUUGCUCAGACACAAAUGAUAAUGUGCAAAAUGAUGGUUCAACUUUCGGAAAUUACAUGAAAUCGCUCGAUAUCUCAGAUAAAACUAUUACAGGCCGUAUUUACUUCGAAGGUAAUAUUCGUAAAGGAUAUACGUUUGAUGUUAUUGAAUUACAGCAAUCAGGAAUUGUUAAAAUUGGCACGUGGAACGAAUAUACCAAUUUAACUAUUGAACGUCCUCCACUUAAAAAUUUGGUAAGCCAAACCAUUGAUGAUUCCCUAGUUAAUAAAACUUUCGUGGUGCUAAUAUCAGUUGAGACCAAACCUUAUGCCAGUUUAGUGAAAACUCAUAAAAAACUGGUGGGUAAUGAUCAAUACGAAGGGUAUGGAGUUGAUUUGAUAACUGAAUUAGCGGACAGAUUGGGUUUUAAUUUUACACUAGUGCCAGGUGGAAAUGAUUAUGGUACUUUCAAUAAAACAACUAAUGAAACAUCAGGAAUGUUAAAAAAAAUUGUGGAAGGU